AUGGCGCAGGUGGCGGUGUCCGCCGUCGACUACGACCUGCACGAGGGCACGACGCGGUACAACUUUCAGGUCCGCUUCGGCCGGGGCGCGGCGUGGGUGGUGAGCAGGUCCUACGAACAAUUCGCCGAGCUGCACGCGGUGCUCGAGCGGCACUACGGCGGCGCCGUCAACCUGCCCCACCUGACCGGGCCGGUGCGGCCGUGGGCCCGCAACACCGCCGCGACGGCGGCGGCGCGGCUCCCAAAGCUGGAGGCGUACCUCAACGAGGCCCUCUUGGCCGCGCCGUUUUGGUCCCCCCGCCUCUACGACACGCUGCUGCCCGACCCCGACGGCGGCGCGGAGCCCGUGCACGUCAACAAGUUUCUCUGCGUCUUUCUGGAGGUGCCGGAGCACGCGGCAAACGCCGCAGCACAAAGUCCGCCGUCGCCGACGGGCACGACGGCUGCCGCCCAGGAGCCGGACCCCAACACGAAAACUCCUCCACAAGCCGUGCAGGCAACCGCAACCGCAACGGCGACUGCGACGGUGGGUGGCGGAGGAGGCAGUGCGGUUGGGACGCCCGCUGCGCGUGCCUCGUCGUCGUCAGCGAGCAGCGAUGACGGGCCGGGGGCCUCCUCCACGCCCCGCCCCGUGGCCGCUGGGGACGCCGUCGUGCCCAAGUCGGCGUCAACGACGUCUGCAGCAUCGGAACCGCAGGCUGUGCCCGCUGACCCUGCGGUGCCCCUGGAGGCGAGGCUGCACUGCGUCGUGGGGAGUGACCCCCGCGACGACGCCGGGGAGUUGGUCUUGGCCGCCGAAGCCUCCACCAUCACCUCCGAGAUGGUGGUCACGGUGAAGGACUUCAGUAUUCUUGAGCGGGACCACAUUGAGUACUUCCUUCACGUGUCUAUCUGCGGCCACCACUGGGUCGUCACGAAGCGCUACAGGCAGUUCCACGAGCUGCACGACAACCUUGUGCAGGUGUACGGGGCCAGCACGGUCCCGGUGCUUCCCUACAGCAGAGUGCCUGCGUGGCGCAAGCUCACAGUGGAGACGGGGGAGGCGCGAAGGACGGGACUGAAUCAGUUUCUGCAGAACCUCGUGACGAACGUGGACGCCUGGGAGCCGCGGGGACUGCUAACGAACUUUGAACUCUCCGUGCCAACCGUGCGUGGGGACCAGCACCGUUUCACGGUGUACGUCAAUCAGAUACUCUUCGAGUUUCUUGGCUUCGCCGCGCAAAUUGACGCGUUGAGCGGGGAGGCGGCCGCGAGGGCGGUCGUGGAGCACCGGGCGCUGCUCCCGGAGUCCGUCAAGCUGGCGUACGACAAGCGCUCCCUGCAGGAGAAGCGUCUGCGGAUGCGUGAGAGCAUCGCCAGUAACGCGCAGCGUCUGCACCACCUCCGCGACGACCAGCUGCAGAUGCUGCUGGACCGCGUCGCGCUGCUGCAGGACGACCGCGACAUUAUGCGCACGUUCAGGCAGCUUCUCCUCACGGGCGAGGUGGGGGACGGCGUCCAGUCCUCCUUUGCGGACGCCAUCGCCGCCGACUCCGCCGGGGAGGCCAAAACGGAGGAGAACGCGGGGGCCGUGGACGCCUCUAGCGCCGUCGUGGGCCUCACCGCACUACAGCUGGCAAAGAUAACGGGAGAGUUGUUUUUCAACGACACCAAGCUCGCGGCCAUCCGGCUCUUCGCCGGCGUGCUCGUUGAUUUCGACGACCUUCAAGACGUCUUUGACACCUUGUGGUUUGGGUGGGAGGAGGCACGUGCGGAGGUGGAGCAGGCUUUAUCGAGGCGCUGA